UCCUUUGAAUCAUGUCAUAAAUUAAAUUGUGUUUCAUCCCACCUUUCGAAAUUACUUACUCUGUCCAAUUCGCUUCAUAUUAGCAUUUUUCUUUGUUUGGAGAUCUGGGUAGCGCCAUAUUUUGUAUAAAUUGAGCACUCUUGAUUGGUAACGGUUUGUAUACAAUAACGACGCGAAUGUUUUUAUCAAAUGAUUCACUUACUGGCUCUAAUUUGAAUUUAUCUAAACACACAUUAUUGUUGGUUGUGAUCAGCAUCAUUGAUUUGGGAGAUGGGGGCCAUUUCAUUGCAGACUGAUACUGUCAAUAUAGCAGCUAGUGUCUACCAGUCACCAUGAGGACUAGGACAGAUGACAGGAAGAACACAAUGCGUUCGGCGGGUCCGGCGCGCGGCCGUGGUGCUCCUCCGGUGCGGUACGUGGCCCGCAGUGUGCGCACCACGGUCGGAAGUCCGCCGCGCGGCAGCCCGGUGCUGCGGGUGGGCCGCGGCGCCCCGGAGCGGGCCGUCACCGCCGGUCCGUCGCGCUCGCCGUCCGGCCGGAGCCGCGGCCGACCGCCGGGCAGACCGCGCGGGCGGGGUCGCGGCCGCGGCCGAGCCCAGCCGGCCGCCCACCCGACGGACGAGGACGGCGACGAGCCAUCCGAGGAGGACGAGCACGAGGACGAUGGUGACGCUCGGCGGGGCAGCGGCGUAUCGCCGUCGCGCCGGCCGGCCGCCGGCAGCUCGGCAGAGUCUAGCACAGAGGCCGACGAGAGCGGCGACGACAUGCUGAUGGACGUGCUGGCCUCCGGCGACUUUGGCCGCGCCAGCCGGAAGCGGCAGCUGCCGGCUCGGUUCCGGGACGCGCCGCUGCAGCCGCUGGUGCGACGCCGGACGGCCAGCAGCAGCUCGGCUCGCGGUGACAAGACGCCCGGCUCGCCCGACAAGGAUGCGCCGGCCGGACGCGCCGCCGCCGCCGACCGGCUGUCUGUCAAAGUCGAGCCGGUUAGGUCUCCAGUGCGCGGCUCGCCGCUGAAGCAGGACCGCUCUCCGGUGCGCUCGCCGCCCACCAUCGCCGAGAAACUGGAGCGGCAGGCGGCCGAGGAGGCCCGCGCCGCCGCCGCCGCCGUCGCCGCCGAGCGGGCGCCGUCGCCCGAGGACAAGGAGCCACUGGUGAUGGAGCCGCUGGAGACGCUGACGGACGCCAUCGAGCUGGACCACGGCAUCCACUGCGCGCCGCCGCCGGCCUCGCCGCCCAGGAAGCGGCAGCGGCUGCAGUCGCGGUCGGGCGAGGCGGCCGGCCCGGCGGCGCCGUCUGACCACGCCGGCCUGGUGGACACCCAGCUGUUCCACGAGGAGCUGGUCGAAGAGCAGGGCGAGGUGAUGGUCUCCGGCCAGCUGGACGAGGACGACCUCAUUACCAUGGAGCUGGACACCAUGGAGGUGCCGCUGCCCGUGGAGACGGUGCCGCGCCGGCCCUGCAAGAUCUGCCACCGCCAGUUCAAGGUGACAAACCUGAGGCAGCACAUGCUGACCCACACGGGCAUGCGCCCGUUCAAGUGCGAGAUCUGCUCGGCGGUUUUCACGCGGCGCUCCGACGUGUUCCGACACGUCAAGAUCGUCCACCAGCAGGAGAAACCGUUCAAAUGCUCCAAGGACGGCAUGGAGUUCAGCGACCGCAAGGCGUUCAAGAUGCACAUGGAGCGACACAAGCAGCCUGCGCUCUUUGCCUGCAAGGUGUGUGACUUCCGGUUCGGCAAGUUCGAGUACUACGUGAACCACCUGAAGUUCAUCCACCCGACGGGCGAGCCGCUGCCGGCGUUCCCGGAGGACGUGGAGCCGGAGCCGGAGCCGGUGGCGCCGCCGCGCGGCCGCUACGGGCCCACGCCGCUGCAGGCCUUUCUGGACGACGACGAGGACGACUCGCGCGGCGCCGGCGGCCUGGAGCACGGCAUGGGCGAGGAGCUGCAGCUCGCCGGCGGACUCGAGAACAUCGAGACCGAGGAGAUCCCGCACGACUCGAUGCACCUGGUGUCGGCGGGCGCGGCUGGCGAGGCGGCCGGCGCGGCCACGGCCACCCUGCUGCCCGACUCGGCCGUGCCGGACGUGGUGGAGGGCCAGGACGUGGUGAUCGGCGCCGCCGGGCCGGCCGGCGACUCGCGGCCCGAGCGGCCCGGCACAGACAAGGACGACCCGCCCGAGCAGAUCAACUUCCCGCCACUGGAGGAGGACGCGGCGGCCAUCCUGGGUAUGACCGACCUGGCGCUCACCAACGAGAACACCUCGCUGGCGGCGGCGCUCGAGGAACGGCCGACGCCGCACACGCCGGCCGGCGGGCCGGUGGUGGUGCUCUCGGGCGCCGGCGGGACCGGGCGCCGCUUCGCCGACCCGCUCAUCUCGACGCGCGCGCUGACCCAGUCGCAGCCGCGUGUGGUCACCAUCGGUAAGCCGGUGACGCCUGUGAGCGGCGCCGGCGGACCCAAGACGGUGCUGCUCACCCGACCGCGCAUGGUCGCCGGCAAACAGGUGCUGCAGGCCGUCAAACUGGGCGCCGGACAGAAGCUGGUGUCGGCGCGCGUGCCGACCGUCCGCGGCGCCGGCGGCCGGCAGCCGAUAGUGCGCCAGGUGGUCGUGAACCGGCCGUCCGGCGACGGCACGCCGGUGCGCGCCGCCGUCGCGCCGCGCCCAGUCACCACCCGGGUGGUCCGGCCGGCCACUCGGAUACUGCCGGUCGCCGGCCGGCGCACGCUGGCCGCCGCCGCCGCCGGCCAGCACCCGAAGACGGUGUCGCCGGCGAUCCGCGUGGUGCGGCCGGCGGCCCCGGCGCCUACCCCCGCGCCCGCGCCCGCGCCUGCCCCGGCGCCGGAGUCGCCCCGCCAGCCGCCGGUGACCGUGGUGUCCGCAGAGCCGACGGGCGACGACACCAAAAACAUCGAGGUGACGACCAGCACGGCCAGCGGCUCGCGGACCAUCAUCCUGCAGACGAGCGGCGGCGGCGGCGACAUCCUGCAGUCGGAGGAGGCCAUGCAGACGCUGCUCGAGGCCGUCCAGCAGCUGGUCUCCGCCUCCGGGGACACGCUCGAGGGCAAACAGAUCGAGAUCGUGAUGCAGAACGAUGGCCAGCAGAGUGGCGCGGCGCCGGCUGAGGCCGAGGCGUCCGACGCCGCGCCAGAAGUGUCGCAGUAAGGCGCCGCGGAGUGGACUGCCCGACCCGACCAGGGUCCCCGAUAGACCGUAUGAACCGCGCGCACAGCGCCGUCCAAUCAGUCGGCGCCCAGUGUACAGUGUACAGAAGUGACUGGCGCGCCAGCGCCGCUGCCGCAAAUUAAUGCUUUUGUAUUUAUGUGAUCUCUUACACCUGAAUGGUUCAAGGCGGACGUAUGUUUUGUUGGUUUUGUUGAAGCGCACCUGCUUGUCGCAGUGUUUGCUCGCGUUUUGGUGGUUUCCUGUGCCGGUUUCCGGACUGAUGCGUCGCGCGCCCGUGAAGACGGGACUGCGGAGGCGUUCCGGCCUCCGCCGUCGCUCCCGACCCGUGUGUGGAACAAGUCGGGAGAUGUGGCUUUGUGAGUCAGCAGUCAGUCGCAGGGCCCGACGCACUCGUUACUAUACGCCGCGUCGGCUAGAGAAUAUUACGGUAGAUAUAAGUAUCGGAGGCUUGCGAUGGACGUGUCGCCGACAGGUCCUACAUGUCAUCAUCAUAUUGCAGUUGUGUCGUGGGCGUUACGCAUUCCCAUGGUCAUCCUCGCUCGUCCAUAUCGCAUCAGUUGCGCUAUAAAUGAUCGCAUCAUCAUCACAAUAAACACCUGCCAGAUCA